UUGAAUAAACCAGUAAGCUUAAAGCUGCGAUAAUAUUUAUCAACUUAUAAUUGUGCGUAGUUUCCUUAGUGAUAUGAAAAUCAGAUCUUUAAACGAACCAAACGUUUAAAAUCUUGCGAUUGAGCAGAGCGUUUCCUGUUGCACACUAGGGGUGGGGGAAUUCUGUUCUUUAUUUUCUCUCUUUCUGCCGGGCAAACUCUGUGCACGCAGCGCAGUUCGUUGGGCGCUGAGCGCGGUGUAGGAGGCAGCUAACGAAAUCACUCGGCUCAAGCAACGUGUGUAUUAGCUUUUGAUGUAAACUGAAUUUUCCUGGUAGCUUUGUUUUUCUUUUUCUGGUUAAUUCAACAAUGGAUCAAAAAAGCCGAGGGCGCGCACGCGGUCGUGCACGAGUCGGUGCUGACCAGCAACAAUCCGGUGCCCCUACUAGAGGUGGGCCUGGCGCAUCACGUCCUGGGGGUGCUUGGGGUUCCGGUAACCCUAUGCGCGGAAACGCACCAUCUUCGAUGUUGGGUGAUGGCAUGCGUGCAACAGGGCCCGCACCGGCACAGCCGCAACAACCUGUUGCUUGGGGACCUCAAGCACCGAGGCACACUGGUCCACCAGCACAAUCGACGGUACGUCCUGAAUUCCAAGGCAAUCGUGGUGACCCGAGGGACUCUGUAACCACGGUCAGUCGUGUGUCAGGUCCUGGAAAUGGCGGCGAUAGUGGCCAUUCCGGUCGAGGUGGUGUGCGUGGACAUCGAGCCAUUCCUGAGACGACACUUACUACAAGAAUGCCUGAUGUCACCAAGCAGGGUCAUUCUGGAAGGAAGAUUAACAUCCAGACAAAUUACUUUAGGGUGGAAAAAAGAGCAGAUUGGUGCAUUUAUCAGUACCGGGUUGAUUUUGCUCCAGAGAUUGAUGUCACAUUCACUAAGAAGAAGUUAUUCUACACUGGUGUAGCAUCCAUGGAGCUUGGCUCAGCACUCUUUGAUGGAACUGUUCUGUACACUCCAUUCAGAAUUAAUCCUGACCCAAAGGAGAUUGUUGUGGAUUCUUUAACUAAUCCGGACGAAAAGGUGCGAAUUACCAUUCGUAUGGUCGGCGAGCUGCACAAGAGCAGCUAUCAGUAUCUGCAAGUAUACAAUCUAAUCAUGCGUAAAUGCAUGAGUCAUCUGAAGCUUCAACUGAUUCGACGCGAUUACUUCGAUCCUGCUAACAAGAUCGUCGUUGCCUCUUUGAACUUGGAGCUGUGGCCUGGCAUUGUAACUUCUAUUCGUCAGCAUGAAACCGACGUACUCAUGUGUGCCGAAAUAAAGCACAAAAUCAUGAAGACUGAGACUGCUCAUAUCGUGAUGCGCAAGAUGAUGAACGAACGCGACAGGCAGGAUUGGCGCACUAGGUUCCAUGAGCGUAUGCUGAACACUAUAGUUUUGACUGACUACAAUAAUAAGACAUAUCGCGUUGACGAUGUUGAUUUUGACCGCUCCCCGAAUACGAGUUUUACACUGAAAGAUGGUUCAUCGGUGACAUUCAGCGAGUACUACCGCCAGCGCUACGGCCUUACCAUCACAGACAUGACUCAGCCGCUGCUGGUCACGAAAAUUAAACAGAGAGAACCGCGUGGUGAAGGAUGUGGCGGCGGAGGUGACGGACCACAAGAAGCUACAAUGCUUCUCAUUCCCGAAUUUUGUCGCAUGACUGGUCUCACUGAGGAGGAGCGCACAAAUCGCAUAAUGAAAGAUAAUUUGGAGAAAUACAUGAUGCCGACGCCAAAGACACGCAUAGAAAACCUAGCCCGAUUCAAUGCGCGUCUACAGAGUAACCCCGGCUCUAUGCAAGAGAUGAAGCGAUUUGAUUUGUCAUUGUCGAAGGAUAUUCUUUCGCUGACCGCACGUCAGUUGGACACUGAGACGCUGUACUUCCAGCCUAACGCACAAGCAUGUUAUUCUGCUAUGCCUGACGCAGAGUGGAGUAAAAACACACGUGGAAAGCCCAUGUACAGGACGGCUGCAAUGAGCACUUGGGCAAUUGUCUAUUCGAACAAGGACAAGGACGGCGUACAGGCUUUCUAUGCAAAUAUGACUAAGGCCGCUACUGGUAUGAAGUGGAACUUGGGAAAGCCGCUGAUUACUGCUUUAGAUGACGCGCGUAAACCAUACGAUAAACAGGCAUUUGGUAAAACGAUCGAGGAAUUGACAGCAAAGCAUCCGAACUUGAUGUUUGUAUUAUUAUUUGUCCCGUCGAACCGCACUGAUCACUACGGAUUCAUUAAGAAGAAACUGACAGUCGACAAGGGCAUUCCUUCCCAGAUAGUGGUUGUGAGGAAUUGUUAUCAUAAGUCUAUGUUUUCCAUCGCUACCAAGGUGGUUGUGCAAAUUAAUUGCAAGCUGGGUGGUGCUCCGUGGGCAAUCAACAUUCCUGUUAAAGGGCUAAUGAUCUGUGGAUAUGACGUGUGUCAUGACCCUAAAAAUAAGGCUUAUAGCUUUGGCGCACUUGUUGCGUCCUACGACGCUAGAGCGACUGCCUACUAUAGCACCGUGUCUGCUCAUAAGGACGGCGAAGAACUCUCAAACUUCAUAGCCAUGGGUAUUGUGAAGUGCGUCAUGAACUUCGCCAAACAUACUCAGUCUAUCCCAGAGAAGAUUUUGUUCUAUCGUGACGGCGUUGGCGAUGGACAAAUUUCAUACGUCUACGAUCAUGAGUUAAAGGCUAUGAAAGAUCAGCUUGCUCCGAUUUACGCUAAAGCUGAAAAGAAAUUGUGCCUUCGUAUGAUUGUCGUAAAUAAGCGAAUCAAUACUAGGUUCUUUUUUAAUGGAGGUAACCCUCCACCUGGCACUGUUGUUGAUGACGUCGUCACUCUUCCAGAGAGAUCCGAUUUUUACCUCAUUUCUCAAUGCACGAACAAAGGUACAGUUUCGCCAACGUAUUACAGUGUCCUUGGUCCCGACGAUUUCAAUCUUGAUUCGGACAGGACACAAGUAUUGACGAACCGAUUGUGUCAUCAGUAUUACAACUGGGGUGGCACUGUUCGUGUGCCAGCACCGUGUCAGUAUGCGCACAAACUUGCGUUUUUGGCUGCGCAAUCCUUACAGCGGCCGCCAAAAGAAAACCUUAACACUCUUCUCCAUUUUUUGUAAAAGUGGAGGUGAUUUUUGCAUUACUUUUAAUUUUUGUUUGCUUGAAUGAAGCAUUUCAGUUUUUUUUAAUUCACUAUUUUUAAGUUUCAAAGAAUAUUGUUAAGAUUGUUUUAUUUUCAUAAAAAAUAAGUGCCUUUAGUUUGUUCACGUAAAUGGAGGAGGAAUCUCUGUUUAUUUUUGUACGUUUUGAAUAUAUGCCAUAUAUUUUUUUUAAUAAAGAUGAAAGUUUCUUACA